AUGCCCGAUGGACCCUCCCCAUUUCAUCCAGGUGAGCAGAAGAUUCAGACACUGGUCGGGGCAAGGAACGUCAGCGAAGCUCUUGGAAGGAGCUGGCAUAAAAAGAAAAUUCUGCCGGCAACUGCGAAUUUUUGUGCCCGUCAGAGCCUGCUUUAUUUCGCGUCACGGGAUACGGAAGGAAAUAUAUGGGCCUCAGCUCUUGUGGGAGAGCCUGGGUUUGUGACAUCGCCUGACAGCGCUCAUCUACAUGUUUCACCAUUGCGGAGGUUUCACGGAGGUAUGCUCCAAGUGCUGUUUCCCGGGGACCCAAUCGGCACAACAGCCAUCGUGCUGGAGACAAGACAGCGAGAGCGAAUUAAUGGCACUGUCGAGAGCGUCACCGCGGAUGAUUUGACCAUUGCUGUGCAGACCAGCUUCAGCAGCUGCCCAAAAUUCAUCCAAGCACGCAAGCUGGAUCUGCUUACAGAGGAGCUUGGGAAGGUUGGUGAGAUCUUCCCAGUGCACAGGGGCGACCAUGAGCUGGGCCAAGAGGAGAGAGCCUUCAUCGAACGAGCGGACUUCUUCAUGAUGGCGACUGGGUAUGAGGGGCCACUGCCCAAUGGCGAUGGCUAUGCCGGCCUGGAUGUGUCACACAGAGGAGGCCAGCCCGGCUUUGUCCAAGUGGACGGUCCGGGAACCCUCAGAUGGCCUGACUACUUGGGCAAUCUCACAUUCACAACGCUUGGGAAUUUGAUGGAGGACCCAAGGGCGGGGAUCUUCCUGAUGGACUUUGCGACAGGGGACACCCUGCAGCUGACCGGCCGGGCGCAGAUCCUGUUUGACAACCAUGACAUGCCGGGGGCCGAGCGCACAAUCGAGUUUGUGACAGAGCGCUGGGUGCGCGUGGAGUCUGCGCUUCCCAUUCGCGCCCCUGGCCCUGUCGGAUAUUCGCCCUUCAACCCCCGCGGACCCUACCAGUUCUCUGAAGACCUCGUGAAGGUGACACUUCAUCCCAUGCUUGUUUGCGAUUGA